AUGGAUAUUUGGGCAGUACUGAUCGCAACCUUCUUCAUCUCCUUUGGUUAUAUUGCACUCAGCAGCAUGGGUCUCUUCUCCAGAAACGACCAAUUUAAGGUGGAUGGCCUGACUGUCCUCCUCACCGGUGCCUCGCAGGGCAUGGGCUUGGAGGUAGCCAAGAUACUUGCUCAGCGUGGCGCUCAUAUCGUACUUGUGUCGCGCAGCACGGAGAAGCUCGAGACUGCAAAGGAGCAAGUACAGGCCGUCGCCAAGUAUCCCACCACACAGCGUUUCCACAUCAUUUCCGCCGACGUCACCAUUGAAAGCGAGAAUGUGCGCAUUCUCAAUGAAGCUACCGUCUGGAACAAUGGCCGGACUCCCGAGAUUGUAUGGGCCAACGCUGGAACGUCCACCCCGGGCCUUUUUCUCGACACCAGCAUGGAGACCUUGAAGGCGCAGAUGGAUAUCAACUAUUGGGCCUCCACCUACCUGGCACACCACACAAUGAAAGCAUGGUUGUAUCCCGAGUCGCCCUACAAAACAGACGAUCUCAGAUCGAAGCCCGAACCCCCGCGUCAUCUGAUCUUCACAUCCUCAGUUCUGUCUUGCAUCAAUGUCGCAGGGUACGUCGGAUAUUCCGCUGCCAAAUCGGCUAUGAAGUCUCUCUGUGACGGCCUCCGCAUGGAGGUCAACCUCUACAAUGGAGCACGUCACGCUGCCAAGAACGCCGAUGGCCAGCAACCCGCUCCGUUUGAUGUCGUUGUCCAAUGCGUGUUCCCUGCGACCAUUACCUCUCCUGGGCACGCCAUUGAACAACUCACCAAACCGGCUGUCACCAAGAAAAUUGAGGAGGGAGAUGAUGAGCAGACCUCUUACGAAGCAGCAAUGGGAUCUAUCAAGGGACUAGACGCUGGUCAAUACUCGGUAGCAACCACCUUCAAAGGCCACCUUAUGCGUACGAGUGGCAUGGGUGCUGCGCCACGAGACAAUUUCAUAUUCGACACGUUGGUGCAGUGGCUCUCGAGUAUCAUCUGGAUCUUUCUAGCCCCCAGCUGGGAAAGUACAGUGUGGAAUUGGGGCAAGGCAAAUGGGAUGGAGAAAUACAAACCAAACUCGAUAUAG